UGCGCACGAUAACCUCCGACUCGUACUUCUACAUCGCACACGGAGUCUUGCUUCGCUCCGUUUCUUGCCCUCCCGAGCUCUCAUUAUUCGCGAUACCCCUUCCGUAGACGAAUCGCCGGACUGAACAGCUUGAUUUCGCGAAACCCGACCACUACCAUGCCUCCGAAGUUGCCUGAAUGCUGGGGUCAUCGAGGGGCCUCUGUAUCCUUCCCCGAGAACACCCUCGCGAGUUUCGAACGCGCCAUCAGGGAUGGUGCGGAUGGGAUCGAGACCGACGUGCACAUCUCGCAGGACGACGUCGUGAUCAUGUUCCACGACCCCACGCUCCAGCGGACGACCAACGGCUUCGGGCGCAUCAAGGACCACAAGUGGUACGGCCCUAACGGGAUGCAGCACCUCCGCACGAAGAAACAGCCCCCGCAGCCGAUCCCCACCUUCGACGAGACGAUCGCGCUCUUCAUGCGGCCCGAGAACCAGCACGCGAAGCUGCACAUCGACAUCAAGCCGUCGAACUCGCUCGCGAAGAUCUUCGCGCUGAUGGCGCGCGCGCUCCGCGCGUACGACGCCUGGGAGACCGCGCUCGCGCCGCGCAUCCUCCUCGGCGUGUGGCACACGGGCUACGUGCGCCCCGCGAUCGACGUCCUCCCCCGCUGCGGCCGCGCGCACAUCGGGUUCAACGUCGUGCUCGCGCGGCGCUGGUUCUGGGAGAGCUGUGACGUGAUGAGCCUGCAUUUUGGGCAGUGGGUGACGAGGGCGGGGCAGAGGUUCCUCAAGGAGUGCAAGGCGGCGGGGAAAACGACGAUGGUGUGGACGGUGAACGACCCGCUGGAAAUGGCCGAGGCAAUCCGAUGGGGGAUCGACGUGAUCAUGACCGACGUUCCGCACGUCCUGCACCAGCUCCGCCGCGACCUCCAAGCGGACUACGACAAGACCCUCUCGCGCUACCCGCGCACGUUCCUCUGGACACGCUAUCGCUACUACUGGCCCGUCACGCUCUUCUGGGCGACGUUCGUCCGCAUCAUGCUCCAGGUCGCAUUCGGCCGCCUCGCGAAGGUUCCGCUCCCCGCGGGCGCGCCGCAGGCUGCGCGCCGGGUGCUCGACGUUGUUGAUGAGGUCGGUGGGGAUGGCGAGGCUCUGGAGGGUAAGACGGCGAAUGGACAUGUGCAGGAUGGCGAGGCGGUGGAGAGUGUGGAUGGAGAGGUGGCGCGGAAGGCCGUCGCGGAUGGUGACUAUCUCAGCGAUGGUGUGAAUGGUGCGCCUGUGGUCAGUGUGCAGGCUUAGAGGA